AGCUCUACCCGGCCUCACUCAUUCCACUCAACCUCUCAUCCCUCUCUCACUCAAUCUCCUCUCCCACUCUCUCUCACGCUCACUCACCCUCAAGCUCACCGCUGGUCUCACUCACCCUCCUCUCCCACUCUCAUUCAAGCUCAUCGCCGGUCUCAAGCUUCUUCACAGAGCCUAGAAGGGAAAUGGGAGACAUCGUUGGACAGUGAUUGGGCCUUAAAAAAAAAAAGACAUUUUUUUUUUACCAAUCCAUUUUGUCCUGCUAGAAAAGUAUUGUCCAGAUAAACCCAUUACACUUUCCUACAUACACAUUCUCAAAGCAAAAAAAGAAAAAGAAAAAUGAAGCUCUUUACUUUGAUACUUUUCUUAGCUCCCUUCUUGCUUGGUUGUAAUGGCGAUGUUAGCAGCCUCAUCAACUCGACUCUUUUUGAAAGUAUGCUUAAACAUCGAAACGAUCAAAGAUGUAAAAGUAAUGGAUUCUACACUUACAAUGCUUUCAUAACUGCUGCCCAAUCUUUCGGUGCCUUUGGCACAACUGGUGAUGUUGCUACACGUAAAAGGGAGCUUGCGGCUUUCUUUGGUCAAACCUCUCAAUGCACCACAGGAGGGUGGCCUAAAGCACCUGAUGGACCAAAUGCAUGGGGAUAUUGCUUUGUUAGGGAAGUUAACAGGCAAUCUGGAGAUCAAUAUUAUGGUCGAGGACCUAUCCAACUUUCUUACAACUACAACUACGAUCAAGCAGGAAAAGCCAUUGGAGUCAAUCUCACAAACAAUCCAGAUCUUGUAGCCACAGACCCCGUCAUAUCGUUCAAGACAGCCAUAUGGUUUUGGAUGACCCCACAAGGAAAGAAACCAUCUAGCCAUGAUGUCAUCAUUCGAAAAUGGACACCCUCUCCUGCUGACACUGUAGCUGGUCGAAAAUCAGGUUAUGGUGUAAUCACCAACAUUAUCAAUGGGAUUGAAUGUGGCCAUGGAUAUAAUGAUAAUGUGUUUAAUAGGAUUCGUUUCUAUACGAGGUACUCUGACAUAUUGGGAGUAGACUAUGGGAAGAACUUAGAUUGCUAUAAUCAAAAGUCUUUUGCCUAAAUAGCUCUGGUCCAGAGCAAGAAAAUGGUCAGCCAAGUAAAAUUAGAAGACCAUAUAAAUGUAUGAUCAUGAAUUGGAGAUUUGCUUAUUCAAUGAUAAAUCACUUUUGUAAACCUUUCCUCUCAAUCAUAUACAUUGGUAGCUACGCUCCUAUUCUCAA